AUGGAGCUGGCAGUCGGGAACCUCAGCGAGGGUAACGCGAGCUGGCCCGAGCCGCCCGCCGCGGAGCCCCGGCCGCUGCUGGGCGUCGGCGUGGAGAACUUGGUCACGCUGGUGGUGUUCGGCCUCAUCUUCGCGCUGGGCGUGCUGGGCAACAGCCUGGUGAUCACGGUGCUGGCGCGCAGCGCGCCGGGCAAGCCGCGCAGCACCACCAACCUGUUCAUCCUCAACCUGAGCAUCGCCGACCUGGCCUACCUGCUCUUCUGCAUCCCCUUCCAGGCCACGGUGUACGCGCUGCCCACCUGGGUGCUGGGCGCCUUCAUCUGCAAGUUCGUGCACUACUUCUUCACCGUCUCCAUGCUGGUCAGCAUCUUCACGCUGGCCGCGAUGUCGGUGGACCGCUACGUGGCCAUCGUGCACUCCCGGCGCUCGUCUUCCCUGAGGGUGUCCCGCAACGCGCUGCUGGGCGUGGGCCUCAUCUGGGCGCUGUCCAUCGCCAUGGCCUCGCCCGUGGCGUACCACCAGCGCCUCUUCCACCGCGGCGCCGCCAACCUGACCUUCUGCUGGGAGCAGUGGCCCGACCCGCGCCACAAGAAGGCGUACGUGGUGUGCACCUUCGUCUUCGGCUACCUGCUGCCCCUGCUGCUCAUCUGCUUCUGCUACGCCAAGGUCCUCAAUCAUCUGCAUAAAAAGUUGAAGAACAUGUCCAAGAAGUCAGAAGCGUCUAAGAAAAAGACGGCGCAGACGGUCCUGGUAGUGGUGGUGGUGUUUGGCAUUUCCUGGCUGCCACACCACGUCAUCCAUCUCUGGGCCGAGUUUGGCGUUUUCCCGCUGACCCCGGCCUCCUUCCUGUUCCGGGUCACUGCCCACUGCCUGGCCUACAGCAACUCCUCCGUGAACCCCAUCAUCUACGCCUUUCUCUCUGAGAACUUCCGGAAAGCCUACAAGCAGGUGUUCAAGUGCCACGUCCGCCACGCGUCCCCGCUCAGUGACAACAGGGAAAACAAGAGUCGGGUGGACACCCCCCCGUCCACCAACUGCACCCACGUGUGA